GUUGGAGGGAGACGCUGGCCGGAGCCGGCGGUCUGUCGGAGAUGGAGGCGGAGGGUUUGGAGUCGCCCAUCGCCACCAACACAACUUACAUCUAUGCUCCCGACUAUAUCGAGAGAUGCGACUCCCUUUCCAAGAUCUCCCGACGGGCUAGUAUGGUCCACUCGCUGAUUGCCUCCUAUGGAUUGCUGAAGUACAUGAGGGUUGUCAAACCCCGAAUAGCUUCAAUGGAGGAAAUGGCAAUGUUCCAUACAGAUGCUUACCUGGAACACUUACAGAAAAUCAAUGAAGAUGGUGAUGAUGAUGACCCUGAAUCUGUAGAGUAUGGACUAGGUUAUGACUGCCCUGCAACAGAGGGAGUGUUUGAUUAUGCCGCUGCUGUAGCUGGAGCCACUCUUACAGCAGCCCAAUGCUUGAUGGACAAAAAAUAUCAAGUGGCAAUAAACUGGCCUGGGGGAUGGCAUCAUGCAAAAAAAGAUGAAGCAUCUGGAUUUUGUUAUCUGAAUGAUGCUGUGCUUGGCAUUCUAAAACUGCGAAAAAAGUUUGAUCGAGUUUUAUAUGUAGACAUGGACCUACAUCAUGGAGAUGGUGUAGAAGAUGCAUUCAGCUUUACAUCAAAAGUAAUGACUGUAUCUUUUCACAAGUAUUCCCCUGGAUUUUUCCCAGGGACAGGAGACGUAACAGAUAUUGGAAUGGGGAAAGGAAGAUAUUACACUGUGAAUGUCCCUCUGCAAGAUGGCAUUCAAGAUAACCGAUACUACCAUAUAUGUGAAAGUGUGUUGAAAGAGGUUUAUGCUUCAUUUAACCCUGAAGCAGUAGUCUGUCAGCUAGGAGCAGACACUAUUGCUGGGGACCCCAUGUGCUCCUUUAAUAUGACACCAGUAGGAGUGGGAAAGUGCCUGCGUUACAUACUAAACUGGGAGUUGCCAACUCUGAUCUUAGGAGGAGGGGGCUAUAACCAUGCUAACACAGCCCGGUGCUGGACAUAUCUCACUGCCAUUAUCCUUGGAAAAACUCUGUCUUCAGAGAUUCCUGAUCAUGAGUAUUUUACAGAAUAUGGGCCUGAUUAUGUACUAGAAAUCACACAAAGCUGCAGAACUGAUCAGAAUGAUCCCCAACGGAUUGAACAGUUACUCAAUAAGAUCCGAGGAAAUCUGAAGAAUGUAAUUUAAUAUGUGAUGGGGAAUGAGCGGAAGGCUGAAAAAGCCUUUUAACUGAGUGCAGUUUGUGCCUGCUGUAGCUGCAGGGGAGACUUGGGUCAAAAUUACUUGCAAGUUUCAGGACAACAGAUGUUCAUUGAAAGUUGAAGCUUCAGUUAACACUUACUUGGUCGAUUAAGGAGGAAAGACCAUUGAAUAUUCCAAGAUUGUAGUAUCAUGUUGUAUUUGCUUGUUUUGUUAACUUGUGUUGUAAAUAUAUUUUUAUUUGAUUUUUAAUUGUUUCUUUGUAAUGUGACCUUUGGUGGAGUUGCAGUUUAAUUUCUGGUAGGCCAAAGAACUUGCCAAUUACAUUUGCAGGAAUUCAGUUAAUAUUUUAGGUUCAUUGUGAAAGCAUUUAAUCAAUUUCAUCUACUAUAGAGAAAUGGCAAAAACAAAAGAAAACUUAUCAAAAUGUAAGAUAUCAAUUUAACAUUGUACUGUUUUUUAUGGGAGAUUCUUGUGUUUCCUGCUCUCCACUUGACAAUUUCCUUGGCUAAGUUUUCAGUGCAGGCCAAGGGCUCAAACAAAUUUAGUAGAAAGGAAAUAUGCAAGGGAGAAUCUGCCACUCAAAAAGUAUGCCUAGUUAGAAAAUGCAGGAUGAAACCUGUUUUAGCAGGAAUGGACCACAAUACCUGGAGAAGGUACAUAUAUACUACAUAAAGCCAUUUAUUAAAACAGGAUUGGAAAGAGUUUCACACAAGGAGUUAAACUUGGUCCUUUACUGUGGACACCACCUCUAUUAGUUGACCCUUCUUUCCUUACUGUUUUCUUCGGAGUUUUUUUAAUGUGGGGCUUUCUGUAAAACUUCAAAUUUUAAUCCUCUGGGCCUCCUUUGUGAGGGAUUGCUCUGAGACAGCAUGGAAUUUUAUUUUCUCAGCAAACCUUCAGUGGGAUUGUCUGUAGAACGUUUUUCUCAACUUUGCUAUCUCGGGAAAGGGUCAGUGAAAAUAAAUAAUUUUGGUGAUAUUUAUGAUAAAUUUCAGAACCAAAGCUGUAUGUUGGUAAAUUUUGUUCUUGAUUUUGAAAUGCAUUCCUUGAGUGAGAUUGACAGCUGCCACUGCCAAAAGAAAUAUGCUGUAUCUAGUUGGUAAGUUUACUGAUCAAAAUGGAUUCUUUUAACCUGUAUAACAAGUUUGUCCCAAAGAUCUAAAGAUGUCUCUCAUCUUUGAACUUAAACAGUCUCUAUAUGUCCUGUUUAAAUUUUUCAUAGAUGGAGUUUUGAAAAUUGUUGCUGUUGCUGCAGAAAUUCUGGAUUAGACUUCUACUGACAUUUCUGUUAGCAACUUGAUGUGUACAAAUUAGUAAAAGUGGAUGUGACAUGUCAAGGCAAGAGUUAGAAAUUCCUAUGCUUUAGGAUAAGUGCCAGAUUUCACUCUAAAACUAUUUUUAAAAAGCAGAUAUCAGUAUUACUAUUUUAACCAUUAGAAAUUAUUACUAGUAUCCUUAAAUUAAAGUAUUUAAAUACUGUGCUGUUGAUAUCAUGAGGGAGCUAGGUGGUAAAUUACUGCAUGAGGUAACUGAAUCCACACAGGGAACAAUAGAGUAACUAACUAACAAGCUACUUGGAAGCUUUGUUAGGUUAGCCAGAUCAUUUAUAAUGUGGGAUUCUCUGUAAAAUAGUUAUAAUUUAAGCCAUUUUUAGAUUUCUCUUGGGCACGCUACUGAUGCCAAUGCCCAGUCUCCAAAAUCCAAAAAUAAACUUCCCAAGAUUUACUGAAACUGGCCGACAGGAAGACCCAUGUUUUUGAUUCAUCCCAUUAUGUGAUCCUGGAGAAUUCUCACAAGUUGAUUUUAUGCUUGCAUUUGGUGGCAUGUGUUAUGGGCAUUGAAAGCUGGCUCCAUUUGCGUGGAUUUAAGUGUGACUUAAUAGCAGCCAUGGUCACUGAGUACUGCCUGGCAAAUGUUACUUAGCCCAAGAACAGUAAAGAACCAAAAUUGCCUAUAGAGCUACCAUUUUAACCACAAAGUGCUUGUUGUUUGCUGGUAUUGACCCUAAUAAUGUGGGUGGGCUGUACUCCAUGGUAAGCUCAGAGUUAAAGUAAUAUAGUAAUUAUUGUCCCAACUUCUGUUGAAGUAAGCGCCUUCAUAUAUCAGUCAUGGUGAGCCCUCUAACCUCAUAUCAGUAUCUAGCUAAUUUUUCCUAGUAUGUCAUCAACUCUCACCACUUGAACAUUUUCAGAAAAAAAAGAUAAUAAUUACAAAUUUUUUUUUGCGGUUGUGCUGGAGUAUAGAUACACUUCACUUGCAGCUAAAAUGUUUUAUAUAAAUGGAGAAGUCCACAGAAAAUAGAAGCAAGUUUUUUGUUUUGCGUUUACAUUAAAAAGUGUCUUGUCAAUUAAAAGUGUUUCUGUACUCCAGACUUUUAUAAUACAAUAACUAGUGAUUUAGGCAAGCAUAACAAUCUACCACAUACAGGUAUUAGAUCAAUUUUUAGUAGUAUUUGCUUGAGGAAGGAAAGUUGAUUAGGAUGCAACCAAGGUAACUGGGACAGAAUUAAAACCAAAAGAGCAAUGAAUAAAUGCAGCACCAGCAGAGUAAAAUAAAAGUAAAGAUGACUGUAGAGAGCAGAUAUGGCAAUAAACUAAAUGAGAGAAAUGAAAACAAAAACAAAAUUGAAGAGGCAUCGUGAGACACAUUUCAGUUCUGGUUUUACUUGCACCAUAAUUUUUCUGGUGUCAUGGCUGUGUAGGGAUUAACUUUUGUAGGGGAUUCAAUCCAGCUGGAACUAAUGGAGUUGAUUUUUGGACCCCAAUUCCCGAAUGUCCAUAAUUUUAUUCUCCCUUAAUGCUAGAUGCAGGGAUCACACUCACAGAAGCAUUCUUGUGAAAUUCCUUAUUUAUUAAAGUGAGAAACAAUGCCUUGUGUGAGUAUUGUCAUAGGUUAUGUGUAGAUGUUAAUGAAAAAAUUCAUUUUUAACAAUCUGUUCAGUUAUCAGCAUCAGCCUGUUUUUUUUACUUGUAUUUAAACCAAGUCCUAUUUAAAUGUGUUUUAAACAUAGAGUUUUAACUAUUACCUCAGCCUUAGGAGUUUAGCAAUUUAUCAAUGUUAAGAGUUGAAAUCAAAUGGUAUUUUUUACAUUGUUCCUGUUACUGUUUCUCACUUUUGCAGAUUUAUGGUAACCAGAAAAUGUACAAUAAAUCAUUGUUAAUAAAAUAAA